AUGGGAAAACUUAUCAAAAACCACUUGGCAAGAUUAAUCGUCCUCACAGCAGCAAUUGGCCAAUUUGCCGCUGGUAUUCAUGGAUUCUUCUGGCCAAAGGUCUUUUGGGACUUUCUCACGAAAAACCUCGAUGGAGCGGUCAAGCCUGUUCCCGUCCUUCAGAUCUUCAACGUCAUAUUUGGAUUGAUCGGUAUCGCAUUGGAAUGGCCCUUGAAACCUAUAGCGGGAACGUUGGUUCACCGCAGUAUCGAAGCUCGAUUACUGGUAUUCCCAGUCAGCACACUUCUAGCAGCGCUGCUAUACCAGGGCACGAACCCUGCUAUAUAUUACAUUGUCGGAAUGAUUGUAUAUUUCUGGGGGUACAGCGAGGGAGAGAUUGUCUGCCCUGAGCCGUGGACCUUGCCCAAACGCCCGGGACGAGUCAUGAAAGUAUAA